AUGGGAAUGAGUUCGAUCUACUUUGCGAUCUACAGCUUCUGUCUCAUCUCUACAUAUCUUUUGGGUUUCGCCAGAGCUGCCAGUUUGCUGGAAGAUGGAGAUGACUUUAGCAAUAAUUUGGUGUCUGACCUUGCGCCAUUGCUGGCCUUAUUUGGCGAACGGGUCACGACUCAAUUCAUGAGCCAGUCCACCGGUUGGGCAGACUGCAUUGCUCUUGCUAUGGCUCCAAUGGGUGUCAUCACCAUUAUUGUCAGCGCGAUUCGUGUAACCGGACCUCGUUGGCUCAAAGCAGUUGUUGGAAGAGCCAGAGAAAACGUUGCCGCUGCCGAGCUCGAAGUCAUGUCUUCAACGUCAUCUGAAGCCUGUGAGCUAUGGAAUGGUAAGACAAGGGCUGUCGUGCGUUGCCCUGGGGCGACUGACAAUUGCGAAUUCAUUUGCAUCUAUCCCACGUCUAUGCUGGACAAGAGACACAAGGGAAACACCCUCAAACGCGUGCAGAUCAUGGAUAUCAAGAAUGCUAAGAACCGCGACAAAAUCGGGGACUCCAAUCACCAAGAGACAAGAACAGGGACGCCUCCCCCCGAUCAAAAACGAAACAGCUUGAUAUCGCCUGCAUCUGACGACACGAUUAUCAUAACCCGCAAUACAGCACAUCUUGCGCCAAACAUGACUCUUAAUUGUAGCGCAGACGGAGAGCGUUGGCAGAUGUGGGCUUGUGCAGUGGUGGGCAUUAUCAUUCAAUCAGGCGUGUUAGUCUUCUUCGGCUUCUUGACCAAGUACAAGACACUAAGAUUUGAGAAGGAUGGUAGCCCGGUGGAAACGUAUGCCAUGCCUAUGGCGGUCGUGGGCACCCUGAUCUUGAAUCUUGGUAUACUUGUCUGUGCACAUGCUGUAGACGAAAGCAGCAAGGAAGAGGUUUUCGAGGUCACUGACAGUUCAGCUGCAGUAGCUAUGGUUUGGCUCCAGAAGAAAACUAAAGUCAGUGAACAGGACUUCGAUUCGGCAGCAAUAUACCCAACAAUGAAACGCUCUAGGGCUUAUACAUCCGAACGAACGAUUGACGAUGAUGGAAGUCAAAAGGCUAAGACGCAGGACAAAGGCUGGUGGUUGAAGUUCAUGUCAACUAUGGGGGCUGCCACAAGUCUUUUGGGCUUUUUUGUUCAGUUUAUCGGCCUGAGGGGAAUGCAUUGGCUGGCUACAAUCGCACAACUAGGAGCGAUCAUUAUCAUGACAAUCCUCAGAGCAGUGGUCCGUCGACAUCUCGCUUUAGGGCUAAUGAGCCAUGAUUUAUGUGACUCUACAGGCUUCGAGUUGGAGUGGUUCGUCUCGUCCUUUUUAAACAAAGGCGGCAUCUCUUGGAUUCCUCAAGAACACCCACAGACACAAAACGCCGACACCGACGGAAAACGAACAAAAGCGUCCAAGUUUACUUUCGAGAUACAAACGAAUGAUACAGAGGUUGUGCAGUCCUCAAACUCUAGUUUCAGACAAAGAGAUGCCACUCAAUCGUUCCUAAAGGUCUCCACACUACAACACCCACAAGGAAUUCUUGACUUGCGACGCCACCUGGGCGAACUAAGCAAGUGGAAGGGUCCAGCCUCGACAGAAGCAAUAGCUGUCGCAAACGCCAUUGAGAAAACCAUGAAUUUCGUUAUGCCGUUAUUGAGUCAGAAAAAGGUUGAAAGAGAAUUCGUUUGGACAAUUAGAGUAAACUACAAUUGGGGACAAUCCGAAAACAGCAACGACAGGACUCCCAAGAACAUCGGGAUGAAUCUCAGGUAUUCUCUAAAUAAUGGGUGGAUAGCGCCUGUGGAUGAGAUAGAAGCUGCACUUUCACUUUGGCUUCAUUCUAUGAAAGAGGUCCAGGCUCCUGAUAAAACACAGCAUGACUUUCCUUCUGGCAACGAUCAUUGGAUACGUGGUAGCCCAGCUCAACAACAACGGUGUCUACAAGUACUCGGGCCAUCAGAGGAUGUCUUGUUACGGGAUCUUACGUGGUGGAUGCCUAAAGGUCUUGAUGGAAUUCUAGCAGCCCGAGUGAAAGAUUCUGAUGUGAUGGACGAUAAAAAGUUCCCCUACACAGUCAAAAGGGAGCGAGUGGGAUACAGCGGUCGAAGGUGCCCCACAGUCAAAAGGAACGAGAAGUCAUGGACUAAGGAUCUUUCUUAUUGGGAUUGGAAACCAGCAGCUGAUCUCCAUCGUGAUACUGAUGAGAUUAUGCAAGAGAGAGGUAAUAUUGUGGUUCAAAGUCAACAGAAGAGCCCAGACAGCCAAGAGCAACCUACACCCGAUGUGUUUCAAUGGUUAGUGAUAGAAUCCCAAGAUCCUUUGAAGAGGUUUUAUGCAAAGGAACUAUUCUCAGCCUUCAUUUGGGCUCUGGCGACACACCUGGGAGAAUCGACCAUCAGCCGACAGCUGCAGGCAAACAUAAAGCCCGACAACGCCACAGGAACCGACGCCUGGAAGAGUUUCUCUUUGGAGAACCAUGAGCUCUCCCGUUUCAUACAAAGUCUAACAGAACUCAAUCUGUGGACGGAGCAAGAAGCGUGGCGUAGUAUCAUUCCGCCUCUUAGCGCUACAGACAACCUACCAGGCCUCAACGCUGUUAUCGAAAUGGCACAGAACAAAGCAACUACGCUUGAGAGGGAUCUCGCUUGGGGCCAGGCAGGAUCAGUGUAUCGAUGGCUUUUCGAUAUCAGCAUGCCAUCCUCCCCGACAAGCCACAUUUAUGUCAAGUCUACCGCUAUCAUGUUGAGAUUUCAUCAAAGGCUGUCGAGCUCCGAUAGUCCCCACAGUGACAAGACGUAUAGCGAGAAAGGGGACGAACUGGAAGAAGAAUUGGCUAAAGUGAAAGGAUGCUUGAGACGUCAGGAAGAACAAAACCAUGCGGUUCAAGGCGACCUGAGUCUCUUUUUCGAUAUUCACCAAGAGCUACAGAGACUCGUAGAGAAUCCUGACAUCCAUGGAUUAGUCGAACAUCACUUCGAUGGAAUGUCUUAUCUCAGCAGGCCAGAGCGACGCGUCUAUGGGACAUUUCAGAGACCAGGCGAUAUUUUUGAUAGAACACGAUUACACCACGCGAUGAGAAGCAAAUUCAUAGACUACGAGGAACUGCCAGGUGAGGAGAUGAAAUCGCAAUGGGGAGGUUUCGACUACUGGCGGGAACAUUCGCCACGGAUGCACCAGGAGUAUAUCAAAUGUAUGGAGCCAGUGGCGACAGAACUCGAAAGUCUUAGCCUUUACCCAUUCUGGUUGGUAAAAGGCAUCGCUUCAGCCAUAUUGUAUCCAUUUCAAACUCUGGAAUAUCUGCUGGAUAACGGAGCAGAUCCUAAUGCCCGAGAUUUGGACCAUUGGACUCCCCUUUACUAUGCCUGCCAACCUAUUACUUUGGAUGGUAAAACCUAUACAAGUAGGGAUUGCUUCAGAGUCAACACUCUUAUCGCAAACAAGGCGAAUGUCAAUGCGAAAGGCCUCGAUGGCAAUACCCCUUUGCAUUGUGCAGCCAUUUCGGGUCGGUCCCAUUUGGUCAGGUUGCUUAUCGACAGCGGAGGUAAUGUCAAAGCGGCCAACCUUGAGGGCCGGACGCCCCUUCAUCUGGCUGCAAUGGCGAAUGAUCCAACGAUGGUCUCUUUACUAGUCAAAAACGACUGUGAUAUCAAUAUAAAGGACCAAGCUGGGCAGACACCACUCCACUUAGCUGCUAUCUCAGGGCAGCUGGCUUGUAUUACGAAGCUCAUUGAAAAUGGAGCAAGACUCGAUGUCGUUGACAAUUCUCAAGCAACGCCACUUUACCUAGCCGCGAUGGACGAUUCUCCAGAGGCCUUUAAGGCUCUUUUGAAUACUGAUACCCUGCGUCUUUCGAUGACAAAGGCCAUAGACGAAGAGAACUUGGAUCUUAUUUCUCUUCUUAUGGAUGAGACCGAUCCAGAUGCAUGGCCUCUAGCGGAUAAACAUGGCCAAACACCGUUCCAUGAAGCAGCCUCUAACUCGAAGUUGAAAUCUCUUGACAAGAUAUUUGAAAAAGCAAGAGAACUACAGUUCGAUCUAGAGGUUGUUCUCAAGAAAAAUAUUCUCGGUCAAACCGUCAUUCACGUCUAUCGGCCAGAUUCGGUGGCCAUCAUAGUCAAACACUUGAAGCCAUCACCUGAGCUUUUAAGAAGGUUAAUAGAAACGCAAGAUGAUGAGGGUUGCACUUCACUUUUGCAAGCCAUAAAAGCGGGACAGAAAGAAGUUGUCUCUAUUCUCAUCGACGAAGGAGCAAAUUCCCGAACGAGUUCCAAUGACAAGAAAAACAUACUACACGCGUCCUUGAUGUUGCCUCCGAAUCACCUACAGCAUGUCAUACAGAAGAUCAAAGAGAGAGAGGGUUGGGCUCAAACUCUAUCUUCGAUGCUUGAAGAGGAGGAUGGCAAUGGAAAGACACCACUAGAUUUAGCAAGAAUGUUUCCGAUCAGGGAAAAUGAGGAACUGUUGGAAAAGGUGUUGGAGGAAUGCAAACGAGAACUCAGGUUGCAAGGUAUAUAG